UUUUCAAUUUUUUGAAGAUGUUCGGAGGAGGCAAACUGUGCAGUCUGUAACUGAUUGUGAAGUAGAGACAGAGUUAUUGACCAUAAUAUCUUAUCUUUGGCCGAUGUUCUAACAUUUCUCUCCUCAAAGCUCCUGUAACGACGGCCAUGGAAGGAGGUGCGAGGGAGAAGGGUUCGCCGCCGGUGAAGCCGUCGAAGUUCGCGGUGUACCAGAACCCAGCCUUCUCCGCCGCCCUUACCGCGAACAGUCUCCACCCUUCCAAUUCCACUCUCCUCCGCAUCUCCUCUCUCUCCUCCGCCUCCGCUUUCGCUCUCCUCGCCAUCUUUUCCAGGGAACAUGGGUUCGUUAGCAAUCUGAAGCUUAAAAAAUUUCCCCAAGAGACAGCUUAUUUGUUUGUCAAAGUGAUAGAGACAAUCCUGGGCCUAGUAUUUGUUGGCGCUACAUUCGCACUCUUCAGAACCAUAUCGUUGCGUAGAGCAAGAAAUAGUGUUGGUGUUCCAGCUUCUUUGUCCUCUAAAGAAACAAAGGAUCAAGUGCGGCUUACAAAUCGGCAAUUAGGGCUUUUGGGGAUAAAGCCAAAGGUUGAAGUAACUGCAUCCGAUUCUUCGAAAAAACCUCCCAAGUCUAAACCCCACUCUAUAUGUUCUCCUUCAGAUGUUCUUGUUCCACUUCAUCAGCCAAUACCCAGUUCCAAUCGAACUUCUCGUAUCAACGCAGAGAAGUUGAACUCUAGUGGGGGAAAUAAGAUGCGUCCAAUCAGCAGCCCUUCCAAAUCUCCGAGUAAUUCAUCUUCUUUGUAUCUAGUUCCAGGAUCUGUCUCACCUUUGUCUUCGGUGCAGAAUUCACCAGGUUUGGAUUCGGUGGUCUCGACACCUUGGUCAAGUAAGAGAGUAUCUACAAAAGAGAUAACAUCAGAAGAAAAGCUUGAACAAUUUUUGGCAGAAGUAGAUGAGAAAAUUACUGAGACAGCAGCAAAAUUGGCUACUCCGCCUCCCACCAUCAGAAGCUUUGGUGUCACCAGUCCAAACACAAUUAGCACUUCAGCUAAUACUUCUGGAACUACAAGGAGUACACCAUUGAGGCCCGUGAGGAUGUCCCCAGGUUCCCAGAAGUUCAGUACUCCACCUAAGAAAGGAGAGGGCGAACUUCCUCCACCUAUGUCCAUGGAAGAAUCUAUUACUGCAUUUGAGCAUUUGGGCAUCUAUCCUCAAAUUGAGCAAUGGCGUGAUCGCCUUAGGCAAUGGUUUUCUUCGGUUUUGCUUAAUCCUCUUCUUAGCAAGAUUGAAACCAGUCAUAUUCAGGUGAUGCAAGCAGCUGCUAAACUUGGUAUAUCAAUCACAAUUAGUCAAGUGGGAAGUGAUUUACCAGCUAGCGGAACUGCUACUCUGUUGCCAAUUGAUAGGAGUAAGGAAUGGCAGCCAACUGUCACUCUUGACGAAGAUGGACUUCUGCAUCAGCUACGAGCUACUCUAAUUCAGGCUCUUGAUGCUUCCACACCUAUGUUGCCUCAAGCCGGUGUACAACAAUCACUCCAGCAGAAUCCCUUAGUCCCUGUAAUGCAGGAGUGUGUGGAUGCCAUCUCUGAACACCAGAAGCUUCAAGCAUUAAUGAAAGGGGAAUGGGUUAAAGGUUUGCUACCCCAAAGCAGUGUCAGCGCAGAUUAUACCGUACAAAGGAUUAGAGAACUCGCCGAAGGAACCUGCGUGAAGAAUUUUGAGUAUCUUGGAAACGGAGAGGUUUAUAAUAAAAGGAACAAUAAAUGGACCUCAGAGCUGCCUAGCGAUUCUCACUUGCUCUUGUAUUUAUUUUGUGCUUUUCUAGAGCACCCAAAGUGGAUGCUACAUGUAGAUCCCACAUCUUAUGCUGGAGCACACUCUAGCAAAAAUCCCUUGUUCUUGGGGGUCCUACCUCCAAAGGAUAGGUUCCCUGAGAAGUACAUUGCCGUCAUAUCAGGUGUCCCUUCUGUUCUUCACCCAGGUGCUUGUGUACUUGCUGUUGGAAGGCAAAGCCCCCCGAUUUUCGCCUUGUACUGGGAUAAGAAGUUGCAAUUUUCUCGCCAGGGAAGAACCGCGUUGUGGGAUUCUAUCUUACUCUUGUGCCACAGGAUUGAGGUUGGCUAUGGAGGGAUUGUUCGAGGCAUGCACCUUGGUUCUUCAGCUCUGAGCAUCCUCCACGUUCUGGAUUCCGAAAUGGAAGACUGAGGAACGUGCGGUUUCCCUUGCAAAUUGUCUCCCAUUUUCCAGGUAUCAGCAGAAAGAACUUGCCGUCGGCAGCUCAUCGCGGUCUCGUCUGUCAACGUGUAACUUUUUAGGCCAACUGGGAUCUCCUCAAAUAUGAGAUGUUGUGGAUGGUUGAUUUUGCUCCGUUAUGUUCUUACCAUGUUGAUGCCUGUCUCAUUGACUCCUGUGGUGGGGAUUUUGAUGUAAAAACAUUGGCAACACUUUUUGUAAACUGUGUUGCAAUAUAUCUGCAGUGCCUUCUCCUCAGAGGAGACACCUAGUUGGAUGAUUAUAUUGUCUGAUCGUCAGAAAAAUUCUGUUAACGAAUUUAAGAACAUGUUUUAAGCCCGUUAUGCGGAUAGAUACUUUUCCUUGGGAAAGAAAAAAGCCGGAUAGAUAUUAAACAAA